AUGGCGAACGCUUCAGAUGCACCGGCAACAGCUUCGGCUCCCCAGGAGCACCCUCUGGGCAACCUUGGAGCUAUGCUCGAGUGGAGAUACGACCACGUCUGGACGCUCUACGAACGGAAAGACUACGAGGAGGCCGAGGCUGAUGCCAUGAAGCUUUUGAUGGAGCCCCGCCUCGGAGAUUUCCACCGGGCGGGAAUGCACUUGCUUCUCGCGGGUUCUCCUCACGAGUAUGUGGACCAUGCGAAGCAAGCGGUUCGCCUCUACAGCCAAAUCCUUGAGAAGAAUCACUUCAACAUGUCUCCUAAGCAGCAAAUGGCCAUUCAGAACCUCGUCAACAAGUCCCAAGCCGCCUUGGAGAAAGCGCGCGCUGACCAGAGCGCUAUUACUCGCGAAGUCCGCAAAGCUCUUGCGAGUGGCAAGACGUACGAUGACUUACGCAACGCGCAAAUGAAGGAGCUGCAGGAUCGGGAGCUGGAGCUUGCUGGUGCCUUCGGUCCUGAAGACGGCAAGGACGACAACAAGGACGACGGCGAGAACACAGUCACCCAAGGAACCCAGAUCCCACCUGCCAGCCAGAUAAGUGUGUCUGACGUCAGCGCUUCCCAGUCCACUAGUGUGGCCCGCUCUCAGUCCACUGCCCCUACCGAAGUGGACAUGGAAUUGCCUGAGAUGAUGGAUGAGGACUCGCCACCUGCUCUCUGGGCCUCUCAGCACGGCGUUGGAGAUCGCUUCCGAUCUUCGGGUUGUGUCGCCGUCUGGACAGCAAGGUUGCAGGCAGGAGGGCAGAGCGCAGAGCGAAAGGUCAUGUACUUGUUUUGUUUGUACGGUGUAGGGAAUAGAAGCAACGUUCUCACUCCAUGUUUGCUACCUCAGCGGACGUUCGGUGGCUGGGUGCCCAUGCGCGAUCGGCUGUCUGCCGCAAUUGCGGGUCGAGCCUACUCCAGAGACCAACCGCCGGCUUGUGCAUCCGUUGAAAAUAGCAUGGUUCGUCUCCGUGAAAACCCUCUUUUGAAGCUGUGGAUUAGGGGGAAAGGAUGA